AUGAAUAAACUCCAGGACAACACUAUACCGAUCACCAAGAAGAAUGUUCUGUCCGUGGCCUGUCAAUUCUACGACCCCACGGGCCUUGCAGCACCACUCAUGUUCUCUGUUCGAGCCCUCUUCAGCGAAGUCUGUCGAGACUCUCAAUACUCCAUUAAUUCUGUACUGCCUGAAGAAUACACCGAUAGAUUUAAGCGUGCCGUUGGAGAGAUCUUGCUCACCAAGGAAAUAUAUUUCCCCCGCCAGAUCAUCUUCAAAUAUUCAGCUCAACUCUUCAUCUUCUUCGACGGAAGCCUGCAAGGAUACGGUGCUUGCGUUUACGCUCACUCCAAUAACCAAUUCAACCUUCUCUACAGUUCAGCCAAGGUAUUGGGGAAGACUGCAUACUCCGCACCUCAAUCCGAAAUAGCAGGGGCAACCCUUGCUGCCAGAAUGGAACAGAAAAUCAGCCAGGAGCUGUUCAAUGUGACCUUAUAUUCUCCUGUAUUCAUGGGAGACUCAGAGAUCAUCCUGAAGAUGAUCGCCAAGAAUGAUCCUGCUGGACCUCCCGUGUUCUAUGGAACCAGACUCAUGGAAAUCCUUUCCACCUCUUCACCAGACAACUGGUUCUGGUGUCCAGGCCCUCUUAAUCCAGCAGAUCUGCUGACUAGAUCUGGAACAGAAUGCAAACAAAUCAACUCUGAGUUCUGGCUUCAAGGCAGUUUUCUUCCUCAGGAAAAGUCCACUUGGCCAAUCUUAGCAUGUACUUCUCUUCCUACCUCCGAUACUAGCACCAGGAUGGUCAACGUCGUUAACAUACCGGUCAACCAGUCCCAGGGUUUGAUUACCCACUACCUGGAGCAAUGCCUGAGCCUCACCAAGGUAACUAGAGCUAUAACUCUCCUCCACAAAGUCUGCAGAGCCUGGAGGGCUAAAAGGAAUCCUCACCCUGAUUUUACCUGGGGCAAGAUCAAGGACUCCAUCUCCUCCUCCAUCAUCAAAUGCUUCAUCAGACCAACAGAGGCCAUAAUUGCCUCCAACAAGAUGAAACACCUGGUGAUUCAAAAUGUUGAGGGGGUCUAUUACGUCUCCGACAGAAGUUUUCGUUCCCGGGUUGGUGUUCCACUCCUUUCCAAGACGACUAUCCUGGCGAAAUGCAUCGUUAAUGAUGCACACAGUGACCUAGGCCAUGGUCGAGACGUCCUCCAUACCAUCUCUCACAUACAAACCAGUUUCUUUAUUCCUGGCGUCCGGAAAAUGAUCACCGAUCUGAAGAAGUCUUGCCCUGGAUGCAUCAAACUCAACAACAAACCGUUCUCUGCAUUCGAGGCUGAUGUCCCUGACGUCCUCAAGACCAUCCAGCCUCCCUUCACUUACUGUCAGGCUGACAUAUUCGGACCAAUAUUUGCCCACCAAGAUGGACAACAACUCAAGAGAUGCGUGUUAGUUGUUCUCUGUCUCUCCAGUCGCGGGGUGCACCUGGAAAUCCUCCACAAAUACAGCGCUCAAAGUAUCUCCAGAGGUUUCCGCAGGACAUUCGCCCUAAGAGGUACUCCAAGAAUCAUCUGGAUCGACGCCGGACUGAACAUCGUGAAGGCAGGCAAGGAUCUGAGCGAUACAGAGAUGAAGGUGAUCUCCAGCCUCAACCUAAAGUUUGAAACCAUCGAGUUCAGGGUAACUCUUCCCAAACACCACCAAGGCAUCGGAGCUGUUGAGAGAAUUAUUGGUUCUAUUAAGAACACUGUCAGCAAAUCUGUGACGGGACCGCAGCACCUAAUCAUGGACGACGAAGAACUUCUCACCUGGUCCCAUAUGGUCAUCGACGAGCUCAAUAACCGGCCUCUUAUCCUCGCUGCUCCGCUGGGAAUCACCGUCACCCCGAACCACAUUCUCCAGGGUUUUAAGGAGAGUCACGGGGACGAAAUCAACCUCAACACCCCCGUUCGACACCAAUUAUCCAGGAGGAGGUUGACCGUUGCCUGGAAGGAACAGAGAGGGUCACCUCAAGUAGGAGACAUAGUUCUAUUCAAGAACGAUACCAUCUACCGUCACCCAAUCUCGGCUGCAAGAGUAGAAGCUUUACUCUGCAGGAAGAAUGGAGACGUUUACGGUGCAACCAUCAGCUACUGCCGAGAAGUAGGAGGGCGGAAAAUCACCGUCGACCGUCAUCUGAACCAGUUAUUUCCAUUCCUCGGCGUUGAACAGCAACUCCCUCAGGAAACAAUUCACGGACUGGCAGAAGAUCCUGUAGCUGAGGACCUAGCUCCAGACAGCUCAACUCAACAUACCUCUGCUCAAGACGAGUUCCACACAGAUCCUGCAAACCCGGACCAGUAA